AUGCUGUUCGCUCCUAGCGGACCCCAAAGCCCUCGCCGGCGCAACCGCAUCAAGGCCAUCCUCACCACCAUCGGCAUUGUGCUCGCCCUCUACGUUCUCUUUUUCAAAACCGAUACCAAGAAUCCCGCCCGUAAAGAACGAGGCAGUUAUGCGCAGCAGCGCGGCACCGACAAGCCGGAUGCCGCGUCCGGGAAACAAAAAGCGCUGGUGGUGGCCAGCAUGAAGGACGACGAUACCUCGUGGCUGUACGAGUUCUUCCCGGACUGGACCAAGAGUAUCUAUGUGGUGGACGACAAGCAGGCGCCCCUGACGGUGGCGCAGAACAAAGGACGCGAGUCGAUGGUGUAUUUGACGUACAUUAUCGAUCACUACGAUACCCUGCCCGACGUAAUGCUCUUCAUCCACUCCCAGCGCUUCCAAUGGCACAACGACGACCCCUACUAUGACGGCGUCCCCAUGCUGCGCAACUUCCAGAUCCCCUACCUCCAACAACAGGGCUACGUCAACGCCCGCUGCGCCUGGACACUCGGCUGUCCUGGCGAGAUCCGUCCGCUAACGGAUACCCACCGCGAUGCCGUGCACGCAGGGGAAUACUUCAAGGAUGGAUUUAUGGAACUGUUUCCCGGCACCCCGGUCCCUGACAUGGUGGGUGUGUCGUGCUGCGCCCAGUUCGGGGUGACGCGCUCAAAAGUAAGAGAACGACCAAAGAAGGAUUAUGAGCGGUUCCGGACGUGGUUGGCGGAGACGUCCCUGCCGGAUGAUUUGAGUGGGCGGAUUAUGGAGUAUUCGUGGCAUAGUAUGUUUUCUCUCUCUCUCGGGAACAACCUUUUGGAGUGA